GAUAGGUGUGCAGCUGCAGUUGCACUUUGUAUUUGAUCAAGUAUCCAUGGAAGGUGAGGGAGCCAGAAACACGGUGACGGUCGAACAAUGACAAUUAAUAGAGCAUUCAGAACCCUGAUUGCCUGACGAGAUGUCAGACGAUUUCGGGCAUGGAUUCACUUAUAAGAUUAUUGAAGGCGAGGGUGCUGAAGAGGAGCCUGUCGUGGAAUUUUUUGAUCCAGAAGGAAACAAUGUCACUCCGCUUCCACUUUACUUGCCAAGUGAGGACCCAAAAUUAAAGGAGGAGGUGGAAAAACGGGUGCGGAAAGUCCCGCGCCCCAACACCAUAAUGAGGACCUUUCUUCACGUAACCACAGCCUUGUAUAGUAUGGCGGGCUUGGGAUCCCUCAAGCAAUCACGGUUCUAUCGGGACGAAAUCAACAAAUCCCAGGAUAACCAAGUUAAUUCCAAUCAAGAGGGCGACAUGGCUGGUCCACUAGGGGACCCGAAUGAUGUGUUUUCAGAGGACAAAAUUGAUCACGAAGACGUAUCAGCCCGUUCGAAUGGUCCCCUCGAGAAGUUGGAGGCCGAGCAUUCCAAAGAAAUCGACAUAUAUCUUGAGGAAACUGAUACCAUUUGGAUGUUAAAUAUUCCUGGGACGUGCGUAGAGGUUGAUCCUGACGCACCAGACAAGGACGAAGCGGACGGGGACAACCCAAAUCCACAAGAUGAAGAGGGAAGAGUCGUCUUCAAGUAUCAAUUAGUGGAUCGAUGGAGCCAAACUUUGGAUUUCUCCAAAAAGAGGAAAGGCACCCAAUGUGACGAAAUCGAAGUUGAACCUCAGGCAACUCAAGUGAGCACAAAGGACUUCUUAGAAGAAAAGCGGAAGCUCCAGAAUUUGGGGCCGUCCAACAUGACACUAAGAAGCCGGUCGACCUCGCGCGAAAGACCUUAAAUUUGUUAACCGUUUGUUGACGCAAUAAAUCGCGACUGAAGGUUCAA